GGACAGAUGGGCCCUGGGGUGGGGGGUGAGUUGGAGAGUGGAGGGUGGGGAUGAAGACCUGGCCCUUCCCACCCCACCCCACCCUAAAUCCCCCACCUGCCGGGUAUCUGCAGAUAGGGCCUCAGUUGCCUAUAUCUUGAUAGCAAGGCUGGGGAAACUCUGGGGGUUGAUGAUGGCAGAAUCUUUUGGGAACCCAGCGUUGGGACUCAGCCCCUUCCCAUCCCUACGAAGUCCCACCUGCUGAACUAUGACCUUUGACCCUGGCUUUUACUUGGUUCUUUUGGGGGCAGGGUGUAAAAGGACUGGAAGGGGUGUUAGAAUGUAUUUGGCCAGGGAAGUAGGUGGACAGAGUGCAGGGCCAUGAGGAAUGGGUAUCAGUGACAGUGAGUGUGAAGCUGGUUGGUCUGUUGACUGUGCUCUGUGCUCUGGUAUUUUGUGUGCAUUUACAAGUGUGCUAGUUCCUCCUGGGACUGUGGCGUGAGUGUGUCUGUGAUGUGUGAGCCUCUCAGAGUGCCUACAAAGUGCCUGUGCACUUGUUCACAGCUCCCAGCUUUGUCUGUGUGUGUCCGUGCUAAGGGUUCUGUGUACAUGUGUGAAGUGUGUGCCUGCUGUACCUGCAUGUGUCUGUUGGUGUUCUGUCUGCUUUAUGACUGCAUGGUGGGAAUAUGUGAAGUUGCAUGAAUAUGUUUGGGUGUGAAAGAGUGUGCACCUAUGUAUCUUUCAUUGUGCAGGUACCGGCCCAGGCCCUGACACCUUGAAGAGAGAUGAGGAAGCCGAGAUUCAGAGAGGUUCAGACACGUGCCCGAGGUCACACAGCUAGUCUCACCUCCUGCUUCUCCUGCCUCCCCCCUGCACCAUGGCUCCAGGCCCCUUCUCCUCUGGGCUUCUCUCGCCACCACCUGCUGCUCUCCCUUUUCUGCUGCUGCUCUGGGCAGGGGCAUCUCGCGGCCAGCCCUGCCCCGGUCGCUGCAUCUGCCAGAACGUGGCACCCACACUGACCAUGCUGUGUGCCAAGACCGGCCUGCUCUUUGUGCCGCCCGCCAUCGACAGGCGCGUGGUAGAGCUGCGGCUCACCGACAACUUCAUUGCCGCUGUGCGUCGUCGAGACUUCGCCAACAUGACCAGCCUGGUCCACCUCACCCUGUCUCGCAACACUAUUGGUCAGGUGGCAGCCGGCGCCUUUGCUGACCUCCGUGCUCUCCGGGCCCUGCACCUUGACAGUAACCGCCUGGCAGAGGUGCGCGGGGACCAGCUCCGAGGCUUGGGUAACCUCCGCCACUUGAUCCUCGGCAACAAUCAGAUCCGUAAGGUGGAGUCGGCAGCUUUCGACGCCUUCCUGUCCACCGUGGAGGACCUGGAUCUAUCCUACAACAACCUGGAGGCACUGCCGUGGGAGGCGGUGGGUCAGAUGGUGAACUUGAACACCCUCACGCUGGACCACAAUCUCAUUGAUCAUAUUGCGGAGGGCACCUUUGUGCAGCUGCACAAACUCGUGCGCUUGGACAUGACCUCUAACCGUCUGCACAAACUGCCCCCCGAUGGGCUCUUCCUGAGGUCCCAGGGCGGUGGGCCCAAGCCACCCACCCCACUGACCGUCAGCUUCGGUGGCAACCCACUGCACUGCAACUGUGAACUGCUCUGGCUGCGGCGCCUGACCAGAGAGGAUGACUUGGAGACAUGCGCCACGCCCGAGCAUCUCACUGACCGCUACUUCUGGUCCAUCCCCGAGGAGGAAUUUCUAUGUGAGCCUCCGCUCAUCACGAGGCAGGCAGGAGGCAAGGCCCUAGUGGUGGAGGGCCAGGCUGUCAGUCUGCGCUGCCGGGCGGUGGGUGACCCUGAGCCCGUGGUGCAUUGGGUGGCCCCUGAUGGGCGACUGCUGGGGAACUCCAGCCGGACCCGGGUCCGUGGGGAUGGAACGCUGGAUGUGACCAUCACCACCUUGAGGGACAGCGGUACCUUCACUUGCAUAGCCUCCAAUGCUGCGGGGGAAGCCACUGCCCCGGUGGAGGUAUGUGUGGUACCUCUGCCACUGAUGGCGCCCCCACCUGCUGCCCCACCACCUCUCACUGAGCCUGGUUCUUCUGACAUCGCCACACCAGGCAGACCUGGUGCCAACGACUCAGCCACUGAACGACGGCUUGUGGCUGCCGAACUCACGUCCAGCUCUGUGCUCAUCCGCUGGCCAGCUCAGAGGCCAGUGCCUGGCAUCCGAAUGUACCAAGUGCAGUACAACAGCUCUGCAGAUGACUCUCUAGUCUACAGGAUGAUCCCUUCUACCAGCCAGACCUUCCUGGUGAAUGAUCUGGCGGCUGGCCGCGCCUAUGACUUGUGUGUGCUGGCAGUCUACGAUGACGGGGCCACCGCCCUGCCGGCUACCAGAGUAGUGGGCUGUGUGCAGUUCACCACGGCGGGAGAUCCCGCACCGUGCCGCCCACUGAGGGCCCACUUCUUGGGCGGCACCAUGAUCAUCGCCAUCGGGGGCGUCAUUGUAGCCUCGGUCCUCGUUUUCAUCGUUCUGCUCAUGAUUCGUUACAAGGUGUACGGCGAUGGGGACAGCCGUCGCAUCAAAGGCACGUCCAGGUCGCCCCCUCGGGUCAGCCACGUGUGCUCUCAGACCAACGGCGGCGGCGGCUCAGGCGCACAACAGGCCUCCGCCCCACCAGCUCCAGACCGCUACGAGGCGCUGCGGGAGGUGGCGGUCCCUGCAGCCGUCGAGGCAAAGGCGACCGAGGCGGAGGCGACUUCCACUGAGCUAGAGGUGGUGCUUGGACGCUCUCUGGGUGGCUCAGCCACCUCGCUAUGCUUGCUGCCCUCCGAGGAAACUUCUGGGGAGGAGCCUAGGGCCGUGACGGGUCCUCGAAGGAGCCGCUCGGGGGCCUUGGGGCCUCCGACUUCAGCGCCCCCAACGCUAGCUCUGGUUCCUGGGGGAGCCCCAGCCCGGCCGAGGCCACAACAACGCUAUUCCUUUGACGGGGACUACGGAGCGCUGUUCCAGAGUCACAGUUACCCGCGCCGCGCCCGGCGGACAAAGCGCCACCGGUCCACGCCACACCUGGACGGGGCCGGAGGGGGCGCGGCCGGGGAAGACGGAGACCUGGGGCUGGGCUCCGCCCGGGCACGCCUGGCCUUCACCAGCACCGAAUGGAUGCUGGAGAGUACCGUGUGAGCGCCCGGCGCACGGGCACCGGGACGCCAGUGGGGCCGCACUUAGUUGCCCAGCCCGGCCGGAUGCGGGGAAGGCUGGAGAGAAGGGAUGCGCGAGGGGCGGGGCCAGCCGCAGUCGGGCCGAGCCCACUCGCGUCCGGGAUCGGAGGCGGGCCGCCGGCCUCUCCGACUCCACCCCUCCGCCCCGCCCCCCGCGCGCUCGCGGACCUUGCCGGAGCCGGUGCCUUACACAGCGAAGCGCGGGGAGGGGCGGGCCCCCCCACACUGCAGCACUGAGACACGAGUCCCCUCCCCCACCCGGGACCCUGGGGCGGGGGCGAGGGGCCCAUUCCUUGUAUCUGGCUGGACUAGAUCUCAUUCUGCCCCGCGGCGGCCUCCAAAGCCUCCAGUCCCCUCAGCCCCAGUCCCCUCCCUGGUCCCACCUAGUCUGGUUUGGAGGGAGGGGCUCCUCCUUUCUCCUCUCUGUGUCCACGUCUUUCCUGCCCACUGUCGUCCGUCCGUCUUAAGUCUUUCCCUACUUGUCUCCCCUUUCUCUGUUCCGUGGUCGUCUCUUCUCCCUCUGACCGCCCUUGAUUUUUUAGUUUAUUUUUUUGUUCUGUGUCCUUCCUUGUCUCUCCUGAUUCCCUCUCCUCAGCAUCUCCCGGGCAGGUCCCACUGAAGGACCAGACUCUUCCCUCUGCCUUCCUGUCCCCACAAUGAAUCCCCACACAGACAAAAUCCAAAAACCAAAUCCCUCUAUUGGAGCCGGGACCCUCCGCCGCAGCAGAAUUAAACUUUUUUCUGUGUCUGA